AUGGCGGGUGGUUCGCGUGUGGCGGUGAUCUUGGCGGUGGUGGUGGUUGCUACGGCAUGGGCGAGCAAUCCCGUGAUUGGCAUUCUCUCCCAGAGUGAUCCGCCCUACAUUGCCGCCUCCUAUGUCAAGUACCUGGAAAGCGCCGGUGCUCGUGUGGUGCCCGUCCUGCACAACGACACGGCUGAUCGUCACGCCCAGCUCUUCAGCCAACUCAACGGAUUUUUGAUUCCCGGCGGUGGCGCCAACCUUGCCAACUUUAGCGAUGACUUUAUGGUCUCCGCUCGGUACUUUGUUAACCAGGCCAUUCAGGCCAACACUGGCGGUGAUUUCUUCCCUGUCUGGGGAACCUGCUUGGGAUUUGAAACCCUUUCCGUGAUCAUUGCCGAUGACCCCGCUGUGUUGGUCGAUGGCUACGACAGUGAGGAUUUGCCUCUCGCCCUCAACAUGACCCGCAACGCUGGCACCAGUCGUCUCUUUGGCCAGCUUCCCGGCAGUGUCUAUGACUCGCUUCAAACCGAGAAUGUGACAAUGAACUUUCAUCAGUCUGGCGUGGAGCCCAGCACCUUUGUUAGCAACGACAAGCUCAACAGCUUUUUCAACAUUCUUUCGACGAACGUCGAUCUCCAGGGCAAGCCCUUUGUUUCUUCGAUGGAAGGCAAGACCAUGCCUGUGUAUGGCGUUCAAUGGCACCCGGAAAAGAACACCUACGAGUGGGGCUCCACCCAGGCUAACCCACACUCAGCGGCCGCCGUCGAUGUUGCUUAUCACAUGGCGCGCUUUUUCGUGAACGAGGCCCGCAAAAACAACCACGUGUAUCCGGCUGAUGCCCUCGAUAAGCCCCUUGCUGGGUUGACAAUGCGGCCCGCCGCUUCCUCGAUCAAUCGUCAACGACAACCAGUAAAGCCAACAUGCUGCGCCAAAGUCAAUCUAACCGCGAUACAGUCAACCUCAAAGACCAAAGCGCGCUUUCAUCCAUUAUUGCCCUUCCCCAUGUUUAUGAAGCGUUAUCCAUCGCCGAAGACUGUCAAGCACAGAGAAGAAAGCGAUAGGAAGCGAGAGUGCGAGGGCGAGGGCGAGGGCGAGAGUUUGAGAGUUUGA